AGGGGAAGACCGUGGCGCCUGCUGCAAAAAAUCCAAAACAAGGUCAACUGUCAAACCAUUCCUAUUGUGUAGAAUCGAAAUUUAAUUGAUUUUGAUUAACCGCGCUCAACCGCAGCAUAAGUUUUAUUGGCCGCGAAGGACUGCUCGACUCCGCGGACCUUCUUACGGAUAACCAUCCUCACUGCAACGGUUUGGGAACGCGCGCAUCGCAGCCAGUAAAAGAAAGCCUGGCACUUGUCGUGUAAUCGUUGUUUGCUGUGUGUGAGACAAAAAAAUGUCACCACCAACAACAACAAGAUUGUGAUCGCGAUACGUCCACAGCACGACGGUAGGCCGACGGUGUGCGCGAUAGUAAAUAGCGGAGGCACGAUGGGCACUCGAAAACGUCUGGCUAAAUGUAGGUGCAUACGAUACCACAGGAAAUGUGAUAACGCUGGCAGCAGCACCGCGUGAGCCCAGACCGUGUUGUGGUAGUCGCUAGAAUUGUGUGUGCGUGUGUGUAUGUGCGCAGAAAGCUUCCGGCUAAAAGAACGCCAGCAGUACAUCGACGAAACGUGCCCGGCCACCGUGGUCCGAGCGGGAGCAACUCGAUUCGAUGGCCCAAUCAUUUACCUGGUUUCCCGUGAACCAUCUCGGAAGCACGAAGAGCAACGAGCGCCUGCCAACCACUUACGAAUAUCCGUCGGUACCACUGUGUUCAGCGAACGAUGUGCAGCUACGCUUUCUCUGCCCGGACGAUCUCGAGGAGGUGCGGACCCUGUGCCAGGAUUGGUUCCCGAUCGACUAUCCACUCUCGUGGUACGUGGACAUUACGUCCAGUACGCGCUUUUUCGCGCUGGCCGCCAUUUACAACUUUAGCAUCAUCGGGCUAAUCGUGGCCGAGAUUAAAUCGUACAGCAAGCUCAACAAGGAGUGCGCUUUAUUUCGUCCCCAGGAUCGUGGCAUCAUUCCGGAGGCGAUGGGUCGGGAUGCCGAGAUUGGGUACAUACUGUCGCUGGGUGUGCAUCGAAAGUACCGCCAGAACGGUAUCGGUUCGCUGCUGCUCGACUCCCUCAUCAACCAUCUCACGACUGCCGAGCGGCACAAGGUGAAGGCAAUAUUUCUGCACGUACUGACCACGAACCGUACCGCCAUACUGUUCUACGAACGAAGAGGGUUUGUCCUUCAUUCCUUUCUGCCUUACUAUUACUCGAUUCGAGGGAAGUGCAAAGAUGGUUUCACCUACGUGUCCUACAUCAACGGGGGCCAUUCGCCUUGGAGUUUAUACGAUUAUUUGAAGUACUGGUGCUCGCAGAUUCUAACUGCCGGUGGACUUUGCCCGUGGAUCUGCGGCCGAAUGCGUACCGCGUUCCGCUGGGUGUGCUACCGAACCAUUGGAAGAUUUCAUCUGCAGCAGGACGAAUAGAGUGCCAGGACUGUCUCUCUUUGCAGCGUUUCGUUCGUUCCCCGUGCCCUGGAGAAUCCGGUUUGGUUAAACUUUUUUAUAAGAAAAAUCCUCAACUAGCAAACCAAUGUUGGGAGGGCAUGCAGAUGCGUGAACGAUUUUAAUCUAGCUUCUUUUUUUUUAAAUUAAAAACACAUACACAAACGCUUAGCACAUACACUAUAGAGCUUUUGCAAACUUUGCCAUCGCGUACGAAUCGCGCCCGUUCAUUAAGGGAUAAUACGUUACGGCCAGGAUAUAUGUACAUUUGCUUCGUUUUUGUGUUAUUGCUUUAUACCGAGCAAAUUAGAUAUGCCCAGCCCCUCGACGCGUCUCGUUUCGUCAUAUCGAAUGAUUGUAAGCAUUUUUUAUUUGUGAUAUUACAUUCUUCAUCAGCUGGGCCGCGCUACGGAAGAAGUGUCCAUCGAGUGUGUAAAAAUCUCUAUCCGCUGUAUAUAAAAAAACACAAAAACGACCAACAAUUUGUAGCCACAGUUGAGCGACACACACACACUACAUAAAUCAAAGCAAAGUCAUCGGGUUUUGUCGAGGGAGACGUUAAUGCGCACUGGAGUAAUGAAGUUGAGGCGUGAGUCGUGUUAUAGAUAGUUUACGUGCCGUGCAGCGAGCGACAGGGUUUAUCAGUUAGUGGUGUUCGAAGGCUUUUAUAGGAUAUCUUUACAACCACCGAUGGACGGAUCUCGCCAGACUUGGGUACAGUGCAAGGUGCAAUUACACCCGCGAGAGGUUCUGACUUCCUGUAACCGGAUGGAUCGUCUAGGCUUUGAUAGGCUUUGAUACCGGGUCCUUUACCGGCCGCUGAUGUUCCUGAAAUGACCGAGCAGCUGUAACAUAUCCCCAACGCCACUGUUUGGUGCAAUGAAAGACACCCAAAUUCGGGGGGAUUCGGUCUGACCAGCUCUGCCAAAUUUAAUCCCUUUUGAUGACCAGGUGGUAAAGGUUCUAAUACAACAACUUUGAACACUACCGACUGCUAUAUACCCUGUUCUUGAAGCACAAAAGUGAUGCGAAAUCACUUCCUAUCUGUUUUGCUUGUGUUUGAUUUAAAUAGUUCAAAAAUUGAUUAGCUUUUCCAUCGACCUAAGCGCUCAACUAAGUGAGAAAGACAGUUUGUUGUGCUUUUAUAGAGAAUGUAGCGCGCUUCUUUCGCGUUCGUUUGUUGAAUUUUUGUCGCGCUGUAUUUAUUACAAUUUUGAUGUUUUUUUGAUGACUCGUUUACAAAAGAGGCAACAAAAAAAGACCCUUACUUGGUGGAGCAAUUGGUUAAACUUUCAAAUGGUGCUAGGACUGAUGGAAACCAAACAGAGCAAAGACACAAAUGCAUAAUCUGUUUGCGGUGGCCUUCCAAAUGCAAGCCUCUUUAGCAAAGAAAGAACAAAAGACAUAUUGACCACAAGCAGGCAGGACACACAAGUCCACGCAACAGCACAGGAUCGCGGAUAUGUAUAAGCACAUGUGUGUUGUAACAUCUAAGAUGAUAUUUAUUAUACCUAAGAAACAAGACACAAAGAGACAAAGAGAGAGAGAGAGAGAGAGAGAGAGAGAGAGAGAGAGAGAUAGAAAGGACAGUGGUAGUUGUUUGACUGGCGGCGUUGGUUAGAUAGAGCAGAUCAUUAACGCGGGAGCUGUUUAGUAUAAAGUUAUGCCAAAAAUAUAGUAUAAUUAACAUGUAA